AUGUUUUCAAGUAGAAUAUUAUGUUUAAUAUUUUUAUCAUUAUAUUUAAUAAUUGUUACAAAUGGAAAAUCAGCAAAUAAAAUAUAUGGUGGAAAAACAGUUAAGAUUGAAGAUUACCCAUAUCAAGUAUCUGUGCAAAUUCGAGACGUUCAUCUAUGUGGUGGUGCAAUAAUAUCAACAGAUCAUAUUUUAACAUCUGCAAGUUGUAUUUUAGCUGAGCGAAAUGUUGUUUAUGGAAAUAUUCAAGUUUUGAGUGGAACAAAUGAUCUUAUGAGAGAAGAAACAUCAAGUCUCUCGGAAAUUCACGAAGUUGCUUAUGUUAUAUUUCAUGAAAAAUACAAUCCACAUCAAAGUUGGGUUAAUGAUAUUGCAAUUUUAAGAUUAACUUCAAGAAUAAUAAUGACUCAUGUGCAAUUCUUGGCUCAUGUUUCAACUCUAAAUUUACGUUCAUCUGAUCUUUAUUUAACUGGUUGGGGUAAAGAUCCAGUAUUUGAUCGUAUGAUGAGAUAUCUUCAACAUACUGAUGUCAUAACAAUUUCCUCAAAAACCUGCAAUAAUAAAUAUUAUAAGCAGCUGAUGUUUAAUCAAGCACAACACUGUUGCUCACCAAGAUCAAAAACAACUUAUAUAAUCCAAGUAAUUAUUUAA